AUGCACCGCGCCUGCGCGCUUCGGAGCCUACGCGCUCACGCCAUCGUGAGGACAUACGCGACCACUUCUAUACCCCAACCGACAUUCCCGGGGGUUACGAACCCCAAGCCCCCUGCGACAGGACAGCCGCUCGCCCGGAGUCAUGGCCACCUCGUUCGUUCCGCCGAACUCACGCCGGGCAUCACCGCGGCCGAGUACGAGGACCGGCGGAGGCGGUUGAUGGAUAGCCUCCCCCCGGGGAGUGUGGUGGUCUGUAUGGGGGGGACGGUGCGGUUGGUUUCGCAGCAGAUCUUCUACAAGUUCAGGCAAGCAACCGACUUCUGGUAUCUCACGGGCUUUGAUGAGCCAGAUGCGACAGCCGUGUUGGUCUCCAAGCCCUCCUCACCUAGGGGAUACGAAUACACCCUCUUCGUUCCCCCGCGCACCGCCCACGCCCUGCAGUGGGAGGGCGAAUGUGCCGGCGUCGACGGCGCACUAAAGACCUUUGGCGCAGACGAGGCCUACGCGAACACAGACCUGGCCUCGCGCCUGGGAUCCUACCUAACCUCCGCAGCCGAAGUGUACGCCUCUCUCCCGCCGUCCCCCUCCCCAUCCGCGUCCUCGCAGCCACACCCCCCGCCCAGCCGCCGCCGCUCCUCCCUCCUCAAGCUCUUCCAUCUCGACACCCCCUCAACGGGAUCCUUCAACUGGAAAUCGUUCAACAACGACCCGCCGCACCUCGUUCUUUCGGCAGCCCUUGCAAGCGACGCAGCCAAGCCUCUCGCCCGCGUAGUCGAAAAUCUGAGGAUACGCAAAUCGCCGGCCGAGCUCGAGUUGAUGGCGCGCGCAGGAGCCAUCUCGGCAGAGGCACAUCGCCAGGUCAUGCGGUUUGCACGACCUGGAGGGACGGAGGCGAAUCUCCAGGCUACGUUCGAGUACCAUUGCGCACUAGGGGGAAGCGAGCGACCGGCGUACGUACCUGUCGUGGCGAGCGGGGCGAACUCGCUCGUGAUUCACUACACUCGGAACGACUGCGUGUUGGGCCAGGACGACAUGGUCCUCAUCGACGCGGGUGGCGAGUACCACAUGUAUGCGAGCGACAUUACGCGCACGUUCCCCGUCGCGGGCCGCUUUUCGCCCGCCCAGAGAGACCUGUACGAGGCUGUGCUCAACGUGCAAAAGACGCUCGUGGCGCGGUGCAAGCCCGGUGAUGCCAACCUGAACGAGCUACAUCGCGAGAGCUGCGUCGGCCUCAACCGCGAGCUCAAGCAGAUCGGGUUCAACCUCUCGCCAGGCGACGUUGAGCGCACUCUAUAUCCCCACUUCCUGUCGCACCACGUCGGGUCGGACCUGCACGACUGUCCCACUGCCGAGCGUGGAGUCACACUGCGAGAGGGACACGUGAUUACUAUCGAGCCAGGGUUGUACGUCCCGCGCGACCCGCGGUUCCCGAAGGCGUUCCAUGGGCUCGGGGUGCGAAUCGAGGAUGAGGUCGCUGUGACAAAGGACGGACCGUGGGUGCUCACCCCUGCGCCGAAAGAGGUCGCAGAAGUCGAGGCUGCGUGUCAGGGGUAG